AUGAGAAGCGGUGGUGGUAGCGGCAACAACUGCAGAAACAAAACAUCCAGCAUUUCGAGAAACAGUUGGUUGGUCCGACAACAACUGGACAUCGGACGUGGAGACGAGAAGAUCUGCUACCUCGCCGACCUCACUGACCGUUUCAACAUCAUCCGCAAAAUUGGCAGCGGUACUUUCGGCAGUGUUUUCCUGGCUCUUCGACUUAACGAUCAAAAGAAAGUCGCUCUAAAAAAAUUAGCCAAAGACAAAACAAAGAUAGAAGAUUUCUGCAUUGAAUUUCGAUACGGUCGACUCUUCUCGAGACAUCCUGGCGUUCUCGAAACUUUCUCCACUGCCUACGUCACCAAUGCCUGGUUUGUUCUGGUGCACGAGUACGCUCCUAUGAGCGAUUUGUUGAGGUUGGUGCCACCGCGGGUCGGUCUGCCCGAGGUGGCCGUCAAGUCGGUCAUGAGGCAGUUGGUGGGGGCCGUGCAGUACGUCCAUGAAGCUGGAGUCGUCCAUAGGGACCUCAAACUUGAAAAUAUUUUAGUUUUUCAAAACGUGACUCGAGUCAAACUCGGAGAUUUCGGUGUGGCGAGAAAGGUGGGCACGAAGGUGUGCAAGGUGUGCGAGGGAACGACCUACACGCCCCCAGAAAUCUGCUUCCUCACCCGCCACUCGCACUACAAGGUCCUCAAAUCUGCCGAUGUGUGGUCCGCUGGGGUACUCGUCUUCUGCCUCAUGACAGGUAGCUUCCCCUGGCAGCAAGCCGACAUCAACAGAGAUCCCUUGUUUCAGAGUUUUGCACGGUGGCAGUCCAAAAAAUCGGCCACAGUUCCUGAGCACUGGAAGCGAUUCAGCCCAUCCCUACAGAAACUUUUCCACAGAUUUCUCGACCCUAGACCAGAAAAACGGCCGGAAGUUUCAUCACUUUCUCGCUAUCUGAACUCCAGAUGG